CCACUGUUGUCAAGCGUUUCUUUAACCUGCGGAAUAACAAUAGUGUGGACUCUGUUUCACUUUUCCCCUGUUCUUCUCUGUUUUUUCUCACUCUCAUUAAACAUUACUCAUAUUAACAUGAUGAUUUGUGAUUUCAUUUUCAACAUUAACAAUGGGUGAAUAAAGGGUAGUGGUUUAACACUUUCUUGUUUCGCUUUUGCCACAAUUGGAAAUCCAUAAUAAGGUUUAAUUUGGCCUUCUCAGACACUCUCUUUUCUGAAAAAGUAAAAAAUAAUGAAACAUGAUUAUAUGGUAUAGAGAAGCCAGAAAAUAUUCAAUCUUCUAAUUUGUGUUGUAAUUUGUAUUGGCAUGUCUCUAGUUCUCUUUUUUGUUUCUUUGUGAAAAUUGAAAAAAAAAAUUGAGAUUUGUGACUAAAAGCUGAAAAAAUUGAUUAAUUUGAUGCAGGAAAAAUCUUCACCUGUGAAAAGUGAAAUUUCUGCUGAAAUUCCCAAAUGGCUCAUGGGAGUCAUCUUGUUCUUGUUCUUAUUUUGCUCUGUUUUUCAUUGAAAUGUGAAUCAUGGGGUUGGUUUUCAUCAUCCAAAGAGGCCCCCUCGAGUGGAAGUUCUUAUGCCAAUGGAGGCAAUUAUAGAGGUUCUAAUGCUGAAUUCUCAAUUGAGGCUUUCAAUGACCAAAAGGGAGUGAAAUUAAUAGAGAAUGCUCAGAGGAAAAUGGUUGGUUCAAACACUUGUUGGCAGAAUGCUUAUCAACAUCUUUUUUCUGGCUGUUCCGAGAUUUUGGCUGCUGAUGAGAAAAGAUCAAGAUUUGCUUGGCAUCUAAGUGAUUGCUUUCAAAGAGAUUCUGGAAGGUCUUCUUUUCCUCACUGUGAUCCAAAGUCUCCCAUUGCAACAUGCCUAAGAGCUUUAGAUGACAUUGCUCAUAAGGUUUACCUGGAAUUCUACCUUGAAACCAACUCCAUUUGUUAUCAGUUACAGACACAUGCAUUCAAACAUGAAACUGAGAGACUUGUGACCGAAUUGAAAACUUCAGCACAAUAUGUAGAGGACAAGUUAGAUAGCAUUGAAGAGAAAUCAGAACAUCUAUUACAAGACUCAAAGCAUAUUUAUGAAUCCCUUGAUUCAAUCAAUAUCCACACACAACAAGUGGCUCAGACAGCUAAAACUGUGGAAGGUCACAUUGACGUUGUGUUAAGUCACUCAAAGAGUGUGUAUGAUCAAACUACAAAAAUUGCAGUAUCACAAUCACAGCUAAAAGAAGGGCAAGAGGACAUGAAAAGGAAUUUGGAGUAUGGGGUAGCAAUGCUCAAGGAAUCUUACAAUUAUUUGGGGAAAGAAAUAGAGAAGUUGAGAGAUGAAGCCAUUGAGAUUGAGAAUGAGGUGAUUAAAGUUGGGGAUGCUAUGUCAUCAAAGAUGAGCAGUUUGCAAAGCAAAGCUGAUGAUAUUGGGAACAUGGCUGGGAUUUCAUUGGAUAAGCAGCAACAACUUUUGAAAGGACAAUCCAUUGCACUGGAGGGCCUAAAUUCAAUGACUGAAUUUCAAUCCAAGGCACUAGAGGAGAACAGGAAAUCACUACAAAAUUUUGCUGAAUAUGGGCAUAGACAACAUGAGGAGCUUCUUCAUCGGCAGGAACAGAUUCAAUCACUUCAUGAUCGUUUAAUGGAAAACUCAAAAUCAAUAUUGUCUGCUCAGGAAUCUUUUGAAUCAAAGCAAGCAACCAUGUUUGCUACUUUAGACAAGCUCUCUGCUUUGCAAAAUGCUAUGUUACUUGAAUCUCGAGUGAUUAAAGCUUUCUUCAUUUAUGCCAUAGCAAUCUUUGUCAUCUACAUGCUGACUAGUACAAAGCAAACCUACAAUGUGAGGCCAUUUCUAUACAUAGGGCUUUGUAUUACUCUCUUCCUGGAAGUAUUUAUCAUUCGUUUAACUGAUGAUGACAUUGAGCAUCAAACAUGGAUCAUAAACAAAGUCAGGUUAACUUUUUUGAUAGCUGCUUCAUGCCAACUUCUACACGCCAUUUGCACGUACAGGGACUAUGAAAUGUUGAACUACGAAAUGCUGCUAACUCUAACUAACAAAGUUAACAACAUGCUAAAGCAAAACGACUUGUCUUGGGACAUGAAAACUGAUUAUGUGGAUUGGUCCGAAUGGAUAGAUGCUGAUUUACCAGAUGAUGUGAAUUGCCUUGAUGAUCCUGACUUUAUAGUUCCUGAAGAAGUUGAAGAGAAUUCAAUCACAACCUCUGCAAUUACAAAGAGAUACGAUCUGCGCUCGCGCAAUCGUUUCCAUUGAUUAGUUAUUACCAAUCAAUCAUUAUUAUAGUUUAGUAAUUAGAACUUACAAGUCAUUUGUAUUAAGUACUAAUUCGGUUAAUUAGAGUCAUGAUUCUUGAUUAUGUACACUAGUGCAUGCUAAACUUAGAAUUCUAGUAAUGUAUAUGGUACAUUUUUUUAGGUA